AGACCAAUUGGUUUCAAUAUAACCAGUAAGUAAGGAUUCGUCGUAGUAUGGUGGUUCUGGAAGUUCAUAGACGCCCACCCAGUGUCUUGGAAAGGUACUACUUGUGCCGUGGUCUGGAAAAGUAUUAUUCCAACUUCAAUAUCACUGUCCAGUACAGGUCUAAAGUAACUCCUCUGACUCUCUCAAGUGCCUUGAGGGCCAUGGUGUCUGAAAACACCUGGUUGACUCACAAUUUCUAUAAAUUGGAUGAACAAGACAAUGCUUUGGUUAACGGUCUUAAUCACGAGAUUAGGAUCGUUGAGAAGAUCCUCUUCGAAGAUGUCGUGAGAUUCGAGAGUAUUGAUGUCUUUGACGGCACCACAAUAGGCUAUUUGAACAGUUUCCUCAUACCCAUGAAUGUGGAGAAUUUACCACUAUGGAAAAUCAUUGUGUUAGAUGACAGGGAAGGCCACCAGUAUGUGAGUGGAUUGUUUGACCAUUCAAUUUUCGAUGGUAUGUCUGGAGUUCAAUUCAUGAAAGAUUUGGCUGUCCAAUUAGAGAAGGCCGAAGAUCAAUACGAGGAGGUCAUUUUUGAUUACGUUAGAGAGUCGCAGGUAUUGCCAGCUGUUAUCACUCCUCCUAUUGAAGCUGUGAGAGACUUGUAUCUGCUCUCGUAUCUUGAUAUUGCAAAGUAUUACUUAUCUAAAUAUCUUCCAACUUUCUGGAACUUCUUCGAGAGAUUCAAAAAGUUGUUUGAAAAGAACUUGUUCAAGCCAGAUUUUGGAGUGAACCCAAUAUUCCGAGCUGGUAUAGUGAAGAAGGAUACUGAUACAAAAUUCAGGAUUGUGAACUUCACUAAUCAACAGGUGGACGAGGUUUCACAAUUCUGUAGAGUUAACGACAUGACUGUUACGCCAUAUUUCAACGUGAUUGCUGCAAAAUGUUUGCAGGAGACUGUGUUCAAGAGUGUGGACCCUGGAACUGAAUUCUCUACCCUUAACUUAAUUGCUGUGAAUGGAAGAAGAUAUUAUCCACAAUACAAGGAUUUCCUCUACGGUGUUAUGGUUUGUGGUGAUCCAGUGGUCUUACCACCUAUAUCUUCGGAUUUGAUCUCUUAUAUGAAGUAUUUUCAUAAGUGCAUGAUGGAGAAUAUCAAAUCGAGAGUUUCAUUCAAGCUGGUGGGAUUGUAUAGGUUCUACAACUUCUGGGACUUUUUCAGCCUGAAAUUGAACAAGAGAGAGGGCCGAUUUUCACUCACUAUAUCCAACUUGGGUAAAAUAGUACCCACGAACGGGAAGUUUGAUAUUGAGAACAUGUACUUUGGUCUGAAUACUGGUGUUGUAUACCAUUUCAUCCUUAACAUGAGCACAACCGAAAAGGGAGGACUUCAGAUUGUGUUUGGAAGUCUACCAGAGUACGAAGAGUUGUAUGAAAAUGAAAAGAAAGUGAUGGAUAUUUUCGUAGACAAGUUUCAAGAAAUGGUGCUUAAUUACAUCAAAAAAUAGUAUUUACAAUUUGUGAAUAUAUAUAUGUAAAC